AUGGAGAAGGAGGGAGGGCUACCUGAAGCGGGAGUCGUUAAUCAACCCUUGCCUUCAGAAGAAGAGAUGGAAGAAGCUUUGCGGAGAAGCGCUCUGACCAUUUCGGAUCCUAAGGAAACUGUUCAAACAAAAUCCUAUGAAGGACCCAUCAGGGUUGCUUUGGAGGAGGUGGAAGCGAAGAAGCUGCCUAAAACAGCUGAGGAGAAGAAGAAGAACAAAAACAACAAGGAGAAGAGGGCAGAAAGAGAUGAAGAAGCCCAACCAAGGAAGAAAAAGAAAGAAAGAAAAUCGAGUGAGAAGAGGGAACGCAAGCGAGAAGGGAAGCGCCUGAAGAAGAAGGAAGAAAAGAGAAAGAGGACUGAGAGCCCAGAAGUCAACGGAGAAUUAACCACCGCAAAGGUGGAUGAGGGGGUGUCAAUGCAAUGA